AUGAUUAUCCCCGUCCGUUGCUUCUCGUGUGGAAAGGUUGUCGCAGAUCUGUGGGAGCGCUACCUCCAGCUGCUGGAUGAUGGUGUGCCUGAUGGCGAUGCCAUGGACCAGCUUGGUUGCCGACGAUACUGCUGUCGUCGAAUGAUCAUGACUCACGUGGAUCUGAUUGAGAAGCUUCUUCGUUACAACUCCGCCGAGAAGGACCGCACAAAGGCUCAGAUCUAA